CUUGUGAUUCGUGAUGCGGUGGGCUUGCGUCGUCCUGCUGGCGCUCACGCUGGGCAACACCGCCGAGGCGAAAGGCAACCGCUACGCCCGGGUGGAUCGCAAGUGGAAGAUGCAGAAGAAGGCGUGCACCGACGUCGACUGCAGCCACUUGGCGCCGGCCGUCAAUAUGAACUGCGUCAACGAGUGCACAUCGCCCGACUGCUACGCCUCAGUGUAUGCCUCGGAGCCGCUGGAGGACGGCGAGGUCGACGACUACCGAGCCCAUCGCUUCACGAGCUGCCUCCGCAAGGAAUUUUUGAAACGGAAACCGACUGCCCAGUCGAAUCGCGAUGAGCUCUAACGCAUUGUACUAACGUUGUCGAUGUUAUCUACUA